GUGAGAGAGAGAGCGGCCGUGAGAAUCCACGCUGAACACGCUGAGGAGUUCAAUCUAAAAGCUGCGUCGGAUAUACACUUUUUUUUUCACUUUCUCUGUUGUUGUUUUUUCCUUUGAACUCAGCCCUAAUUUUUUUUUUUUAUAUGUCUUUUAUUUAUUUUCGGGGUAUAUGCUGGAGUUGGUUCGUUAAAGAAGACGAGGAGGAGGAGUGAGAGAGGGGUAGUAUUCUGCUUGUCGCGAGUGACUUGGAGGGAGGAAGAAGGCAGAAUAAAGAAGCCAGACAGGUAGUCUGCUGCAUACCCUUUAAGAUAAAGGGGGGGUGAUGAGCUAUACGCGCUCAACCCUGUAGUGGGAUGAGUUUGGAAGCUGCGCGGACAUUUUAUUUAUACUCGUCUCUGAUAUAUCUGGACUAAACAUCAGGACUCACGGAGGAAGAGUUAAGCUCGCCCCCCUCCUCGUCACUAAAAAGAGAAGAGGAGAUUCUACAAACUGUGAGUAAAAAAGCGUGAGCGACACGGACUGCGUUCACUUUCUGCUGAUGCUCGGGACGAUUGCACUUCGACUCAGUCCGGAGCACACGGAGGCUUCCCUGCAAAGACAGUGUGUCUGGUUUUGCUUUUUGUUUGUUUUUUUGAAUAAAUAAAUUAAGGUAGAAGAAGAGCCCCCCGACCCCCACCUCCUCACUCCUUGCCUUCACUUGCUGCUUUCCACUGCAGCAUAAACGAGAGGAUGAAGUCUCACUCCUCCUAAGGAAAAAAGACUGCGCUUUUAAUGAGAACGAGAUUGCCUUUUUUUAUAUGCAGACUGCCAAUUAACAUAUUUUGGGACUUUUAAAAUUUUUGUGUGGACAUCUCUGCAAGACUGAACCAUGGGAACUACUGCAGCAGCGGACUGUUUGUACUAUUGUAUACUCAUAUUGCAGCUUGUGCAUCAGCCUGCUGCGAGCAAGCAAGUGCUCCGGUACCGCUUGGCUGAGGAGGGACCCGCCGAUGUCAGAGUUGGCAACGUAGCAGGCGACCUGGGCAUCGUGGCCGGGUCCGGUGAGGUGACGUUCACCCUCGAGUCUGGCUCGGAUUUUUUCAAAAUAGACAACAUAACAGGUGAGCUCACCACCAAUGAGAGGCGGAUAGACCGUGAGAAAUUACAGCAGUGCCAAAUGAUAUUCGAUGAGAACGAGUGUUUUAUAGAUUUUGAGGUGUCAGUGAUCGGACCGGCUCAGAGCUGGGUCGACCUAUUUGAGGGGAAAGUCAUCAUAUUAGACAUAAAUGACAACACCCCGUCUUUCCCUUCGCCUGUCCUGACACUAUCUGUGGAGGAAAACCGGCCCAUUGGAACUCUUUAUCUGCUGCCCACAGCCACAGACAGAGAUUUUGGCAGGAAUGGAAUAGAGAGAUAUGAGCUCAUUCAGGACAAUGGGGAAAACUCAAGGCGAUUGGGGUCUUCAGGGGAUGCUUACUCUGGGAAAAGAAGAUUUGAGGAGGGUGCAAGCAGGAGCAGUGUUUUUGAACUGCAAGUUGCUGACACUACCGAUGGAGAGAAGCAGCCCCAACUCAUCAUUAAAGGGGCCCUUGACAGAGAACAGAGAGACUCUUAUGAGCUCACCUUGCGGGUUAGGGAUGGAGGAGAUCCCCCUCGCUCAUCUCAGGCCAUUCUGAGAGUGAUGAUCACUGAUGUAAAUGACAACAGCCCCCGGUUUGAGAAGAAUGUUUAUGAAGCUGAUCUGCCAGAAAACAGCUCCCCUGGCGCCCCCAUACUUCAGCUUAAAGCGGUCGAUGCAGAUGUAGGGGUUAACGGUCAAAUUGAAUAUGUGUUUGGGGCAGCCACAGAGUCCGUGAGAAGGCUGCUUAGGUUGGAUGAGAGCACUGGGUGGCUAAGUGUGUUGCACCGCAUUGACCGUGAAGAAGUUACCCAACUGAGGUUCACGGUAAUGGCCCGUGACCGAGGCCAGCCACCCAAAAUGGAUAAGGCCACAGUGGUGCUGAACAUCAAGGACGAGAAUGACAAUGUUCCAGCAAUUGAAAUCAGAAAAAUUGGGCGCAUUUUUCUAAAAGACGGUGUGGCCAAUGUAGCUGAGGAUGUGGUGGUUGACACGCCCAUUGCCUUAGUUCAGGUGUCAGACCGAGACCAGGGAGAGAAUGGCAUUGUAACCUGCACGGUAGUAGGGGAUGUACCCUUUCAGCUCAAACCAGCCAGUGAGAUGGAAGGUGAGCAGAAUAAAAAGAAGUAUUUCCUCCACACAUCUGCAACACUGGACUAUGAGGCCACACAGGAAUAUAAUGUGGUCAUAGUGGCUGUGGACUCUGGAAGCCCCAGUCUGGCAAGUAAUAACUCUCUUAUCGUCAAAGUAGGCGACACUAAUGACAAUCCUCCCAUCUUCAGCCAGAAUGUAGUUGAGGUAUCUUUCCCUGAAAGCAAUGCUCCCGGUGAGAGGGUGACAACAGUAAAAGCUGUUGAUGCUGACAGUGGGAAAAAUGCUGAAAUUGCAUAUUUCCUCGAUUCAUCUGUAAAUGGGAUUUUCUCUAUUGAUGCAGACAGUGGAGACAUCCGAGUAAACACCAUAUUGGAUAGAGAGCAAAAAGAGCGCUAUGAAUUUAAAGUGAUAGCUAAAGAUAAGGGCAUAUACACUCUUCAGGGUUCUGCGACUGUGGUUGUGCUCGUGGGGGAUAAGAAUGACAAUGAUCCAAAGUUUAUGCAGGAUGUGUUCACCUUCUAUGUCAAAGAAAAUCUCGACCCAAACAGCCCAGUUGGUAUGGUUACAGUAAUUGAUGCUGAUAAAGGUCAAAAUGCAGAGAUGGGUCUUUUCAUUGAGGAAGAGGAGGAAAUCUUUUCAAUUGAAAAUGAAACUGGGACUAUUUUUUCCACGCUCUCCUUUGACCGAGAGCAAAAAACUACAUAUACAUUCCGUGUCAAAGCUGUGGAUGGUGGCGAUCCACCCAGAUCAGCCACAGCCACUGUCUCACUCUUCGUCAUGGAUGAAAAUGACAACGCACCGACAGUCACCUUCCCUAUAAACAGCUCCUACACUCUUCUUCCUCCCUCCAGCAACAUCAGGACAGUUGUCAGAACUGUCAUAGCCACUGAUACGGACACAGGCAUCAAUGCAGACCUGAACUACAGCAUCAUUGGGGGCAACCCCUUCAAGCUAUUUGAGAUUGAUGGGGGCACAGGGGUCAUCUCACUGAUGGCAAAGUUGGAACCGAAACACUUUGGUCUUCACAGACUUGUAGUCCAGGUGAAUGACAGUGGUCAGCCUUCACAGAGCACCACCACUCUAGUUCAUGUGUAUGUUAAUGAGACACUUUCUAAUUCCACAGUAGUGGAGGCACAGGUCGCUAAGAGCCUGAGUACAUCGCUGAACACCAACAUUGCAGGUGAUCCCAACUAUGAUCUCAGCAAACAGCGCUUAAGCAUUGUAAUUGGAGUAGUUUCAGGCAUCAUGACCGUCAUUCUCAUCAUUCUUGUUGUUGUCAUGGCCCGUUAUUGCCACCCUAAGAACAAGAAUGGCUAUGAGGCAGGCAAGAAGGAUCACGAGGACUUUUUCACACCCCAGCAGCAUGACAAAUCCAAGAAGCCCAAGAAAGACAAGAAGAAACAAAAGUCCAAACAGCCUCUGUACAGUAGCAUUGUCACUGUAGAGGCCUCCAAACCCAACGGGCAACGCUACGACGGCGUCAAUGAGAAGCUUUCGGACAGCCCCGGCAUGGGGUGCUAUCGUUCGGUCAACGGUGGACCGGGGAGCCCAGAUCUGGCUCGGCACUACAAGUCCAGUUCACCGCUCCCAACUGUCCAGCUACACCCUCAGUCACCAACAGCCGGAAAGAAGCACCAGGCAGUUCAGGAACUGCCCCCUGCCAACACCUUUGUUGGCACUGGAGAUAACAUUUCCCUUGGAUCUGACCACUGCUCUGACUACAGCACUCAAACCAUCAACAAGUACAACAAACAGCCGUUUCGUCGAGUGACCUUCUCGGUGGUGAGCCAGCCCCAGGACCCUCACCAGCAGGGAUCGCUGCAGAGCUGCUACGACAGCGGCCUGGAUGAAUCGGAGACGCCCAGCAGCAAGAGUUCUUCGGGCCCCCGGCUGGGCGCCCUCCCCCUGCCCGAGGACAGCUACGAGAGGACAACGCCGGAUGGCAGUGUCGGUGAGGCAGAGCACAUGGAAAAUGACUCCCGGCCCUUGCCUGACGUAGCCAUGACUGGCAAGUGCACCCGGGAGUGCAACGAGUAUGGCCACUCGGACUCCUGCUGGAUGCCUGUGCGCACAUCGCCCGAGCGACGGCCUUCCAAGUCAACCACCAACCCUCAACAACAACCAAAGCUUUCCACUUUUAUGACCGGCACUGGCAGCAGCGGGAGCAGCAGCAGUAGUGGCAGCGUGGAGCAGCCAGGUAGCCAAGAGACCCUUGCCAUGGCUGCCAUGGCCAACGGAGACCCCACCACCACGCACAUGAUGGGAGACCGCAACCGCAACCUGCUCAACAAGAAGAUGGCCUCCUCCUCUUCUUCCUAUGAGGCCUUUGGCUCGCCUUCCUAUGGCUCGCCAGGAGGUGGCGAGGAGACGCUGGGCCACCCUACUGAGGAAAUCCCCCUCGCGCCAACUGGAGAGUACAAGCCCACGUCCUGUGGCACUCUGACGCGACGGGAGGUAUACCUGUAAGCUUAGAGGUAUACACAACACCGGUGGCAUUAAAACCCAUUGUAAGGUUAGUUGUUCAGCUGUUGUCAAAGCGUUUUGGCCACCUGACUAAACUUCUCCAAAGACAUAAUGGCUACUCCUUAACGAAAUAUCCGAGUGGACAUGUAAACACAGAACAAUUUUUUAAAGUGCUAAUUCUGGCCAUGACCCAGCAGAGAAGAGGAGGAGGAACUAAUGGCGAGUCUUGCUGUUGGGAGACAGUCUGCUGCCUGAUAGUCAAUCUGUAAAAUUAAUCAACUCAUUUUAGACAUAUAGCACUGCAUGACUACUCCAAUGUUCCCCACAGAAAGAACUGCUGUUUUUAAAGAUCAACCUGUACAAAUAAGCCCAUUUUUUUUCCUUCCCCUUCUCUUUUGUUUCCUGGAAUCAAAACUGUACUUGCAGACUGUUUUGACUUUGGAGUCUGUCUUAAUUUGCCUUUUUUAUAAUUCAGAACAGUCUGGCCAAGAUGUCCUUUGGCUAAACAACUGAACUCUUCCACCAUACUGACUGUGGAAUCAUCCAUCUUUAGAGUUUGUAAAUGAACUUGCAAACCAAGAACUGGUUGAAUUUGAUUAUUAUAAGGAACUGGAAAGGCUAAGCUUUAAAAACUCCGUCCUCUUCACAAUAUGGAAACUUUUUGGUUAGAAGCCAAUGGACUUUCCAAGCUGGACUACAGCUCCACUUAGAUACAAAUGAUGAACUUGUGACGAAUGACCGACAGCGUGAGGACCUUACGCAAGUGUCGCUCAUUGUAAAUAAGUAUUGGAAGCUAACAACAGACCUAGUGGCUCUGGCCCUACCUUUACACAGUCUCUUGCUGUUUUGUCUUUUAAUUGUCAAGAUUGAGACAAAAACACACCCUGAGAAAUGCAAGAUACUUUACGUCUACAAUCACAUUCCCUGGAAAAGCAUGGUUUAUUAUCAGGUCACCUUAGUAAGAAGAAUAUACAAACUGGUGAGUUUACCUGUGGUUUUUGCUGGCAAGUUGGGUGAAGCACAGUGUUUUGGAAGGAUAUAAAAAUUCUUGAGGUGCAUUUAAAUCUAGAUGUGGGGAAGGAUGAAAAGUAUACCUAUGGUUGAGUUGGUACUGGAACAGUUGCAUAAACAGGCAUGUCUCACUUUCAUUUGUGUGCGUGUAUAUGUGUGUGUGUUAGGACUGAGCAAUAAAUACUAUGAAGUAAAUGUGGCCGAUACCUUGUUUUUCACUCUUCGCUCGAAAGCCUUCGAGGUGACAUCGACACUCAUGCACUGGAAUCCUUUAAGCGCUCGUAGCUGUUGCUUUCUUUUUACCUUGAAUGUAAGAAUCGGCUCAAUCAAACAAAAAAAGCAACAGUUUGGAAUACAUGCGGAGACAUUUUGUUGUCGAAGUAAAAAAAACGCUUCGCGAACAGGAUGAAACAUUACCCAUAGACGAAAAAACUUUCUCUAUGAACAUUGCUUUAAGUACGCAUUACUUGUUUUGUGAAGGAAUGAGCGAAAAUAAUCUGAUGUCUCAACUGAACAGCCCAUAUAUUCAUUACACCGAGUCUUUCUACACAAAAAUAUUAUUGUUGAGAUUUUGUGCCUCCCUGUGUACAUUGUUUGUUUUAUUUUAUAUUUUUGUUGCAGCUGCAGAGGCACAAAUCUUACUGUAAUUAAAAAGAGAUGCAAUGAAACAGUUUUUUGUUUUUUUGUAUUUUAGCAAAACCCCCCUUUGGCUCAACCGGAGGUGCUUUCUCAGUUUUUCUAAAAUCCCCCUGGCAAUCUAUAGUCUGUAAGUACUACUCGUCGUUUGAAAGAAAGUGCUUCUAAUACUUAUCAACUGUAUACAUGAAUAUUUACUUUUUACUGCACGUUUAAUGGCAACUUACUUCACUUACAGAGAAGGAAAGAUGAUGAAAAAAAAUAAAAACUGUAAACUGUACAAAAAAAAAAGUUUCUCUUGUAAACAGAAGCCCAUCUUGUUGCUUGCAUUUUACCCAUGUAAUGCGACUUUGUACACCAAUCAAGACUAAGCUGUUGAUUUUUUUUACCCAUUAGCAAAUUUUAUAAUUGCUUCAUGUCACAAACACUUUAAAUGUUAUUUUUCUUUUAUAUUGGCUGUAUAACAUUAGAAUAGACAAUUUUUCAUGUAUUUUAUUGUUUUAAUCCCUUACACUGAGUCACACAGUUGCAGAUAAAAUAGUGGAAAUGAUCAAGACAAUGUACUGUGUGUUUCACUGUUUGUUUUCCUCCUUUAUCUGAUGCCACUUUGUAUAUUUAGAGUGCUUCGGAAAAAAACAACAAAAAAAUUGAGUGAAUGCAAAUAUGCAAUUGUGCCUUUUUAUACCAGUUGGUAUGAUUAAAUGUUGUUCUGGAAUGGUGCAUAAAUGAUCACAAUGAUAAGUAGAUGGGGUUGGCAUUUAAGCACCGAAAGUCAUCUGCAUAUCUUAGAUAAAAUCCCAUCAUGUUGACUGUUUUGUUUUUCUUUUUUGGUUGCUUUUCAAAGGACGACUAGUCAAAUGUCAGUGAGCCUGUAAGGUCUAACAAUUUAAAUGGCUGUUCUUCAAAGGGGAUCAGUUAUCUUGUUGAAAUACUCAUUUCCUAGUGCAUCCUUAGUGCAUUACUGAAUGAAUACAGGAACAGGUGAAAAGUUGCUUGUUGGUGGAAAUGAUCUAUUAUAUAUAUAUAUAUAUUUUAUUUUAUUUUUGUGUUCUGCCCAUGUACAUGUGUGACAACAGAGGUCAAGUAACCUUCUUUGUGCAUGAAACAAAAGCUCUAGAACUGAAUCUAAAAAGCUCUGAAAGGUAGAGAGAGCGAGGGAGGGAAAAUAAAAAAAAAGGCUCGAAGACAUUUAACUGCUCGGAUUGGAGGGGAGCCGAGAGAUAAAAAUGCUUAUGUGACAAUUUACUAGGAGGGAGAGGGGGGAAAGAGUGCCCUUUUGGAAUGCACACCUCAGGACGUGCUGGGUCAAAAACAAAAAACAAACACAGAUACAGAUUUAUAGAGUUUGCAUAUCUAGAUACAGUAUGAUGGUGAUGAAACCCUGGUCUACAAAUGAGUGUGCUGCAGGGUUUGCUAUGAUGUUGCAAGGUGAUGCCUUUUUUGUUUCAACAUCAGAUAAAGUGAAAACAGAGACUCUUACAGGUUGUAUAACAAAAGAUUGCCAUACAUGAGCAACUACAUCGAACACAAUCUACUCUACAUCUUUUCUGAGAAAUAAUAGGCUGGGCGGGUUGUUUUUUUACUGAUACACUGAGGCAACGGACACCGAACCCCGGAUGAGAGCAGGUGGAUUCUUUAACGAUUGACAGAAAGCAUGAAGCUCGCCUGACUGAGUUGUGUUUUCAGUGGGUGCUCUUUUCUCUUCUUUAAAAAAAAGCAUUCACAGCGUGUAAUGAGAUUUGUAAUAUUACCCAUUACUAUUUGUCCUGCGACAUGGAUGUUGAUAUAGAAAUUUGAGGAACAAAUUUAUCAUCAUUUAAUAUGAGUCACUAUGCACGCAGCUUAGCUGAACAUGGCAAAGUGUAUUGAACGCAAGUCCACUUCUAUUUAUGAGAUAUUUUACAUAAUUUAAUUUGCUUUUGUACAGGUUUGUGUAAAUAAAUUGCUUGUCAUUUUUGUCUCUGCAGAAAUAAAUAAAAAAUAACAUGUUAAAACA